AUGUCACACACAAACACCACCACGGAACACCGUUCGCAACUUCGCAACGCGGUCGGCACGUGUUACCCGCUCGGCGGACUGAGCGUUACUAGAGGCGUUUUCCGCUCGCCCGCGGCGGCGGGAUACCAAUUCGCGAGCCGCGACUCGAGGGCUGGGUCUCGGCGCCGCCCACUCGGUGCCCCCCUCUCUACGGCCGUAGCCCGUAGCGCCGUAGCGGCG